AUCACAUGUAUGCUGAUGGUUAGAAAUUUCUUACAAUUGCAGGGUGGGAUGUCUAAUGAAUUAUACAAUAGUAUUGCCCGUGUUACUGAUGGAAUUUAUGAAGGCAUUGCAAUUGGAGGAGAUGUGUUCCCAGGCUCCACUCUUUCUGAUCAUGUUUUGCGGUUUAACAACAUCCCACAGGUUAAAAUGAUGGUUGUUCUCGGGGAACUUGGUGGACGAGAUGAGUAUUCCCUGGUUGAAGCCCUGAAGCAGGGGAAAGUAAAUAAACCAGUGGUUGCUUGGGUUAGUGGAACUUGUGCACGACUCUUCAAGUCUGAAGUACAAUUUGGUCAUGCUGGGGCUAAAAGUGGUGGUGAGAUGGAGUCUGCUCAAGCAAAAAAUGAAGCACUAAGAGAAGCUGGAGCUAUUGUUCCCACAUCAUAUGAGGCUUUAGAAGCUGCAAUUAAGGAAACGUUUGAGAAACUGGUUGAAGAGGGGAAGACUACACCAGUAAAGGAAAUUGUGCCUCCUCAAAUCCCUGAGGAUCUUAACACUGCCAUCAAGAGUGGGAAAGUUCGCGCCCCAACUCAUAUUAUUUCCACCAUCUCUGAUGACAGGGGUGAAGAGCCCUGCUAUGCUGGUGUGCCAAUGUCUUCCAUUGUUGAAUCGGGUUAUGGUGUUGGUGAUGUUAUCUCUCUUUUGUGGUUCAAACGUAGCCUUCCUCGUUACUGCACACAUUUUAUUGAGAUAUGUAUCAUGUUAUGUGCCGACCAUGGUCCUUGUGUCUCUGGUGCUCACAACACUAUAGUGACAGCAAGAGCUGGAAAAGACCUUGUUUCCAGCCUGGUCUCAGGUUUGCUUACAAUUGGUCCCCGAUUUGGUGGUGCCAUCGAUGAUGCUGCUCGAUACUUCAAGGAUGCUUAUGACAGGGGUUUGACACCUUAUGAGUUCGUUGAAGGCAUGAAAAAGAAGGGCAUUCGCGUACCAGGAAUUGGGCACAGGAUUAAGAGAGGUGACAACAAAGAUAAGAGAGUAGAGCUGCUACAACGGUUUGCACGCACGCAUUUCCCUUCUGUGAAGUACAUGGAAUAUGCUGUGCAAGUUGAAACAUACACGCUCUCCAAGGCAAAUAACUUGGUGAUGAAUGUAGAUGGUGCCAUUGGGUCCCUUUUCUUGGAUCUACUUGCUGGCAGUGGAAUGUUCACCAAGCAAGAGAUUGACGAGAUUGUUGAGAUUGGCUAUCUGAAUGGGCUGUUCGUGCUGGCUCGCUCCAUCGGUCUGAUUGGGCACACCUUUGACCAAAAGAGAUUGAAGCAGCCGCUAUACCGCCACCCAUGGGAGGAUGUCCUCUACACCAAGUGAUGGCACUUUGCGUUUGCGUUGACCUGCGCGCUCAACUAGGCGUUUUUCUCUUCCAAGUUUCUGCAAUCUGCUGAAAUGGUUGUCCGAAUAUUAGACUAGUGUUUGUACUGCUAAUGCCAAGCUAAUGAGUAUCUUCAUUUGUAAGUUGUAUCAAAAUUCAUAAGAGUGAACCCCUCAAAUCAUUUGUUAAACAAAGCUACGUUUCCUCUAAGAAAUCCUGCUUUUGGUCCUGUUCUCAGAAAGAGAUAAUGAGAUGUACCUGAAAUCGUGCAGAGUGCUUGUCA